CUCGCACAAUGCCUGAACGUUUUUUCCCAUUUUAAAUGCAAAUAAUUUUUGAACGCAACUUUGUGAAAGCUUGAUUUUAAACAAGAAUAGGACAUGAUUUUCUAUACCGAAUUGAAAUCCAAUAUAAUUAUACAUCACUAAUGGCAAGUAACCGAAUACAAAGCAGUUAAGAUUGCUGAAUUUAGCGCGCAAAUUGUUGCAUUCGCGCUAGUUUAUAUUGGAGUGAAGCGUCAUUGCUUGGUGAAGUUGCAUACGUUUCAAAAGUGAGUAACAAAUUCAAUUUUUGAAGAAUUAACUUAAAAAAUGGCAAGUGAAGGCAUAAACAUGCAGAACCCGUUAUAUAAACACAAUUUGGUAAAUGGUAAUCAAUUAAAAGAUGCCCAUAUGCAGUCAAAUGUUUCGAAAGUCAACGGUGUAAAUGGACGAGAACAUAAAGAAAACAUAGAAGAGGGCAAUCCAGAUGAACAACAAUAUCUAAAUUUAAUAAAUGAAAUCAUAAAUAAAGGUGUUGAACGUUCGGACCGUACUGGUACAGGUACCUUUUCUAUUUUUGGCACACAAAUGCGUUUCAACAUGAGAAAAGGGUUUCCGCUAUUGACAACUAAACGUGUUUUUUGGCGUGCUGUUGUAGAGGAGUUGCUGUGGUUUAUAAAAGGAUCAACAGAUGCGCAGCUAUUGCAAGAUAAGAAUAUACAUAUUUGGGAUGGGAAUAGUUCCCGUGCAUUUUUAGAUAAACUUGGUUUACACGAACGUGAAGAAGGCGAUUUAGGACCAGUUUAUGGCUUUCAAUGGCGUCAUUUCGGUGCAGAAUAUAAGGAUCGUCAUCAUGAUUACAGCAAUGAAGGUAUUGAUCAACUUAAAAACGUUAUUGAUACUAUACGUACAAAUCCAAAUGAUAGAAGGAUUAUAAUGUCUGCAUGGAAUCCAUGUGAUAUACCUAAAAUGGCACUACCACCAUGCCAUUGUUUAGCUCAGUUUUUCGUAGCUAACGAUGAGUUAUCUUGUCAACUAUAUCAGCGCAGUGCUGAUAUGGGUCUUGGUGUUCCAUUUAAUAUUGCCUCUUAUGCUUUACUUACGCAUAUGAUUGCGCAUGUUACGGGAUUAAAGCCUGGUUGUUUUGUACACACUAUGGGUGAUACGCAUGUAUAUAAGAAUCAUGUCGAACCUUUAAAGGAGCAACUUAAACGUAUUCCAAGAGCUUUUCCAAAAUUGCUUAUAAAACGUGAAGUAAAAAGUAUUGAAGAUUUUACCUUUGAUGAUUUUGAAAUAAUUGGCUAUAAUCCAUAUCCUAAAAUCCAAAUGGAGAUGGCUGUUUAAUUGCAUUUUUAUAAUGUUUUAUUAUUUUUAUUUAGUUUUUAGUGUCUAUGUUC